UGUUUUUGAACUGCUAGGUUGGCAGAAGCUGGGGCUAACAGUGAGAACUCAUCCCACUUCCCGGAUUCGAACCACCAACCUUUUGGUCAGCAAGUUCAGCAGUUUAACACACUGCGCCACCUACUCACAUUUGCAUGUUUUUGAACUACUGUAGAGUCUCACUUAUCCAACACUCGCUUAUCCAAUGUUCUGGAUUAUCCAACACAUUUUUGUAGUCAAUGUUUUCAGUACAUCGUGAUAUUUUGGUGCAAAAUUCAUAAAUACAGUAAUUGCUACAUAGCAUUACUGAGUAUUGAACUACUUUUUCUGACAAAUUUGUUGUUGAACAUGAUGUUUUGGUGCUUAAUUCGUAAAAUCAUAACCUAAUUUGAUGUUUUUAUCAACAUAAUAUGAUUAUGAUCCAACAUAAACAGGCCAGCAGAACUUUGGAUAAGUGAAUAUGUUGGAUAAUAAGAAGGGAUUCAGGAAAAGCCGAUUAAACAUCAAAUUAGGCCAUCAUUAUACAAAUUAAGCACCAAAACAUCAUGUUAUAAAACAAUCAGGGCCAGCUAACACCUCUCAACAAAGUAUUCCCAUCACCAAAGUCUGGCAAAUCCUGUUUUCUGAGGGGCACAGACAGUAGAAGCACAUAAAAUAUCGCAAAAAACACCACUCUGAAAACAAGGGAAUUCCAGACAGGAAACAAUCAGGGCCAGCUAACACCUCCCAACAAAAAAUUCACCCAGGGAGGAAACAGCCAGACUUUAAAGCUGCAAGGCCAUUACAUGCUAAUCAUUUUCCCUUACUGCAGCAUUCAUACUUGCCUUCAACAGACAAAAAAAAAAUUCAGAAAUAUUGUAUAUUCACAACCUUUAGGAAAUAAUAUCCCGAUUGCGCAGCAUGUUAAAGCGCUGAGCUGCUGAACUUCUGGACCGAAAGGCCAAAGGUUGGAAUUGGGGGAGUGGAGAGAGCCCCUACUGUUAGCCCCAGCUUCUGCCAACCCAGAAGUUCGAAAACAUGCAAAUGAGAGUAGAUGAAUAGCUACUGCUCCGGCGGGAAGGUAAUGGCGCUCCAUGCAGCCAUGCCGGCCACAUGACCUUGGAGGAGUCUACAGACAACGCCAGCUCUUCGGCUUAGAAAUGGAGAUGAGCACCAACCCCCAGAGUCAGACACGACUGGACUUAAUGUCAGGAGAAAACCUUUACCCUUUACCUUAACUACCACCAAUUCCUCAAUACUUUAUUUCCCAUACCACCAUACUUCGCCACAGCAACGCGUGGCCGGGCACAGCUAGUAUGCCAUAUAAAUGUAUUCCUGCUGUCAAUAAGGAACAUGCCAGCUUUUGCCAGGAAAUGUUGGAAACCGCUUAUCUCAGGAGCGUUUCUGUUUGCUUAACCACAGAUCCCAUCUCUUUGUGUGUAUGUAUGUUUGUUCUUUCUUUGGAAGAAGGAGAGCCUGCCCAGCUAAAAAGUAUUCUCGCCUUCCGCUUCCUGCGAUCGACUGAGAUCUUUCUAUUUCCAGUAUGUUUAGGAGGAUGAUCCUUAGCCUCGUUUUCUUCCUGGGCAUCGUUCCUUCCAUGGCACGGGAAUCACGCGGCCACAUCUCUGUGGUGCUUUUAGGUGCCACCGGAGACCUAGCCAAGAAGUAUUUAUGGCAGGGCCUCUUUCAGCUUUACCUGGAUGAGGUGAGCAACGGGCACACCUUCACCUUCCACGGGGCAGCCACAGCCGAUCUUGAAAAGGGACGGAGGCUCAUGUACGGACACCUGAAGAACCUGGCAUGCCCUCUGGAUGUCCCUCCCGACCGCUGCGCCAUGCUCAAGGACCAGUUCCUCCGCCUGACGGAAUACCGCCAGCUCAAGACAGAGGAGGACUACGCGUCCCUCAACCGGGAGAUCCGAACCGUGCUCGAUCAGGAGGACCUGGAGGAAGUGGGGCGCAUCUUCUACUUCUCAGUGCCGCCGUUUGCCUAUGGGGAGAUCGCCCGCCAUAUCAACAGUAGCUGUCGCCCGCCCACCGGGGCCUGGCUUCGGGUUGUCCUGGAGAAACCUUUUGGGCAGGACCUCCAAUCCGCCCAGCAGCUGGCUGAGGAGUUGAAGACCUUCUUCAAAGAGGAGGAGGUGUACAGGGUGGACCACUACCUUGGCAAGCAGACCGUGGCCCAUAUCUUACCAUUCCGAGACCAGAACCGAAAACAUUUGGACCCAAUCUGGAACAGGCACCACGUGGAAAGAGUGGAGAUCGUCUUGAAGGAAACCGUGGAUGUGAAAAACCGCACCAGCUUCUAUGAAGAAUAUGGUGUGAUUCGUGACGUUCUCCAGAACCACCUGACCGAGGUCUUGAUGCUUCUCACGAUGGAGUUGCCAGCAAAUGUGAGCAAUUCCGAGGACGUCCUCCGGCACAAGCUUCAGACUUUUGCAUCCUUGCAAGGCCUGGAGAGGAGCAGCAUUGUACUCGGUCAAUAUGAAGCAUACAAUAGCCAUGUAAGGGAGGAGCUUCAAAAGGGGCAGGACUAUUUCAGCAGGACACCCACCUUUGCAGGUGUGCUGGUUCACCUGGACAACCUCCGCUGGGAAGGUGUACCUUUCAUCCUCACCUCCGGCAAAGUCUUAGACGAACGGGUUGGCUACGUCCGAGUCCUGUUCAAAAACCGUGCCUAUUGCACCCAACACGAAACUACCUGGGAUGCCAAAGAAAGUCAGUGCAAACCGAAGCAGCUCAUCUUCUACAUUGGACACGGAGAAUUGAAUUCCCCUGCCAUUCUUGUGAGUCGCAACCUUUUCAAACCCACGAUGCCACAAGGAACUUGGAAGGAACUCCUCAAUCGCCCACAGCUUCGUCUUUUUGGACACUCCAUAUCCGAUUACUACGCCUACGUUCCUGUAGCGGACUUAGACGCCUAUGCAGUCCUGAUCUCUCAUAUUUAUCAUGGGAAGAAGGACUCCUUUGUUACAACUGAGAAUCUGCUGGCCGCUUGGGGGUUCUGGAAUCGGUUGCUGACCAACUGGGUGAACAAAGUCCCCCGUGUGUAUCCCGGUGGCCAGGAAAACGGGCACCUCUUGGAUUUCGAGAUCAUCGGCGGAGAAGUGUCCUUUGUGAUGAAGGAGACCCUCGAGUUGAUGGAUGCCAAGAAUGGGCAAACGCCAGACCAAUACAAGACCCUCCAGUCCCGAUUUCGGCAGAACCGGCUGAUCACAGCCUGGUCGGAAGAACUCAUUGCCCACUUGGCAGCGGAUAUUGAAAAGGUGGCCAUCAGCACUGUCAGCCGGUCCGGUUCAUUCCACGUGGCCCUCUCAGGGGGAUCUAGUCCUCUUGCUCUCUUCAAACAAUUGGUGUUACAUCAUUAUGGAUUCCCCUGGCGCCACACUCACCUCUGGCUGGUGGACGAGCGUUGCGUCCCGCUCGAUGACCCGGAAUCCAAUUUUGGCCAUUUAUACGAGCAUCUCAUCCGCCAUGUCCGGGUGCCCUAUUUCAACGUCCAUCCAAUGCCAGUGCACCUCAACCGGAGGCUCUGUGUUGAGGAGGAUAAAGGUCCGGAGUUGUAUGCCAACGAGAUCGGCGCCCUGGUUGCCAAUGCCAGCUUCGACUUGGUGCUCCUGGGAUUGGGAGCUGAUGGACACACGGCUUCCCUUUUCCCACAUUCUUCGGUUGGCUUGGAAGGAAACCAGGAGGUGAUCUUCACCGAGAGUCCUGUAAAGCCCCACCAGCGCAUGACCUUCGCCCUGCCGUUCAUCAACAAGGCCAGACGGGUGUGGGUGCUGGUCAUGGGCAAAGGCAAGCACGACAUUGUGACGGUGGUCAGCAGGGCUGGGAACGAGCCCAAGAAGUGGCCCAUUUCUGGGGUGAACCCCACCUCUGGGCAGAUAGCCUGGUACGUGGACUAUGAAGCUUUGCUUGGAUGAUUGUGUGACUUCCACCUCUUCCUUGUCCGUCCAGAAUCUCUGUCUGACCAAGAGUGCAUCUACACUGUAGAAUUAAUGCCAUUUGACGCCACUUUAGCUGCUAUGGAAUUGUGGGAGUUUUAACCUUGUUGGUGACCACCAAACUACAACUCCAUUGAGUCUUGGUAGAUACAAUGGUGUCAACCUGUGUUAAUUCUACAGAAUAGACGCACUGAGAUAUAUAUAUUUUCCCAGCCAGGUGGUUUGAAGAUUUAUUUCAGGAGUGGCAUUCACUCAUCCCGUUGUAUGUUGGCUGUACUGCAAACCCAGCAUUCCUCACCAUUAGCAAUACCAGUAAGGGCUGAUGGGAGUUACGGGUCCCUUGAUUCCUGUCUCUGCUAUACCAGCUGUUAACUGACAGAAAUGUUUGCUGUUCCUGAUUUUUCUUAACGUAAAGGUACAUCAAAGCAACGAAGAAAUGUACUGUGAAUUUUCCGGGCUGUAUGACCAUGUUCCAGAAGCAUUUUCUCCUGACGUUUCACCCACAUCUAUGUAGAUGUGGAUGAAACGUCAGGAGAGAAUGCUUCUGGAGCAUGGCAUACAGCCCGGAAAACUCAUGGCCAUGAAAGCCUUUGACAACACAAAGAAAUGUACAAAUGGGAGAGCUGAAGGUUGUAGCCCCUUGUUAUUUUUUUCUAACAGGUAUACUGCUUUUGGAUAUGGAGGUUCCAUUUAGCAAUCAAGCAGGUCUUUAAUUAACCUAUGCUUCCCACUAAUCCAAUGGAGAACUUGUGGCCUUUCACCUGUUGUUAGACUGCCAUUCCCAUCAUCCACCAUCACCAGAAUAGCUGGAUGUUGCAGUAUGGAAAAAUUUAGAGGGCUGCAUUUUGUCUAUCCAGAUUCUAAUCAAAGACACAUCAAAACAAUAACCUCCUUUUCAAAUCACUUCACCAUUGCGUGCCUCAGUUUCCCCUCUGUUUACAGACAGGAAACAAGAUUAUAAAACAACCUACCUCAUGGGAAAUCCCUACAUCUGGGGUCUGAAGUCUUGAAUUAUGAUUCCCAUGAUCCCCUACCAUCAGUUGUGUUGACUGGGCAGUAAAACCCAGAACACCUGAGAAGUCAAGGAUUCACACAUAUCUGAUUUGACUUUUUAAAAAUAGAUCUUUGGAGAAAUGUUUUCCAAAUCUGUAGAUUAAUCUCAUGCUAACUGCGAAUGUGUAUCAUUCAGGGAUACUAGACCUGGCAGAUGUUCUUAGGGCCCUUCCACACAGCCAUAUAACCUAGAAUAUCAAGAUAGGACAUCUCACAAUUUCUGCUUUGAUCUGGGUUACCUGAGUCCACACUGCCAUAUAUUCCAGUUCAAAGCAGAUAAUGUGGCAUUUUAUUCAGCUGUAUGGAAGGGGCUUUAGCCUCCAAGUCUCAUCAGUCGUAGCCAGUGGUCAGGGAUCAUGGAAGCUGCAUCCCAAAAACAUUGAAGGGACCACAGGUCACCUAUGUUGUGCUUGAAUCUGUUACAGACACAUACAUACAUUCUGCACUGAGAAAUAAAUCAGCAAAUAGCCAUACGUUUUAGAAAAGUUCCUUUCUGGGCCACAGUUCCCAGUGUCUCCUAGCCAGCAAGACCAUUAGCUUUGGGUUGCUGUGAGUUUUCUGGGCUGUAUGGCCAUGUUCCAGAAGCAUUCUCUCCUGACGUUCCACCCAUAUCUAUGGCAGCCAUCCUCAGAGGUUGUGAAAUUUGUUGGAAACUAGGCAAUUGUUUAUAUAUUUUUUGGAAUGAUGUCCAGGGCGGGAGAAAGAACUCUUGUCUGUUGGAAGCAAGAGUGAAUGUUGCCAUUGGCCGCCUUGAUUAGCACUGAAUGCCCUUGCAGCUUCAAAGCCUGGCUGCUUCCUGCCUGGGAAAACCUUUGUUGGGAGGUUUUAGCUGGCCCUGAUUGUUUCCUGUCUGAAAUUCCCGUUUUCUGAGUUCUUAUAAUCAUAGAGUCAUAGAAUCAUAGAAUAGUAGAGUUGGAAGAGACCUCAUGGGCCAUCUAGUCCAACCCCCUGCCAAGAAGCAGGAAAUCGCAUUCAAAGCACCCCCGACAGAUGGCCAUCCAGCCUCUGUUUAAAAGCUUCCAAAGAAGGAGCCUCCACCACAGUCUGGGGGAGAGAGAGUGAAGUGAUGUUCUUGGCAGGAAGCAGCCAAGCUUUGAAGCUGCAAGGCUAUUCAGUGCUAAUUAAAGUGGCCGAUGGCAACAUUCACACUUGCCUCAAACAGACAAAGAGUUUUUUCUCCCACCCUGGACAUCAUUCCACAGAUAUAUUAACCCCACUUGCCUAGCUUCCAACAGACCUCGCAACCUCUGAGGAUGCCUGCCAUAGAUGUGGGCAAAACAUCAGGAGCGAGUGCUUCUGGAACAUAGCCAUACAGCCUGGAAAACUCACAGCAAACCAGCGAUUCCGGCCAUGAAAGCCUUAGAGAACACACCUAUCUUGUGUUUGCAUCUGUUACAAGCACAUACAUACAUCUGCACUGGGAAAUAAAUCAGCAAAUAGCUAUACAUUUUACAAAAGUUCCUUUCUGGCCCACAGUUGCCAUCAUUUCCUAGCCAGCAAGACCACUAGCUUUCUUUAUUCCAAUGUACACGAUGCAAAUUGAGACAGGUUAUUCCCUUAUUUUGCACAAGCCUGUCAUGAAAUUCACUGGGUAACCUUAGGCAAGUCACACGCUCUCAGCCCAGAGGAAAGCAAACAUCUCUCUUGAACAAAUGUUACCACAAAAUUCCUGUACUAGGUUGGAAACUGCACAACACAACAAAGCGAAAGAAACUGCGAUGCAAGAUUCUGCCACUAGAGGGUACUAUUGCACAGAAUUUGGCCAGCUUUGGUACCCUGUUUUAUGUUUUAUUUACAGAAUGCUGCUUUUGGUACAUAUCUGUCAAAAUAUGCCCUCUAUGACUUUUCUAGAUCCUCCAGGUAUUUCCAUAGUAUGCUGAGUUACUAUAGAUUUGCACUGACAAAUUCUUGGAGAGGAGACCUUUCGUGGAAUUUUUCUAGGUCCUCCAGAACAACUUGUGAUCCACAUUUUCUUGUUUCCAAUAUAAUAGGAGGGGCACUUUCAAUUCCCCCCUUUUUAACAUAAUUCUUACAGAAAUCACUGCCAGAAUCCAAAACAUGUGCCUUAGAUCAAUAUUGCAGCUGCUCCCCUUAUUUUCCUUCGGCUGGUGUUCCAACUUCUACUACUGGUGUUUUAAAAGAAAAGGGAAAACCUAGGUUGUUGCAUUGAUUCAGGUUGGAUUGGGUUGAUGUGUGUUUGGAUAGCAUCUUGUUUCCUUUUUAGUGAACACACUGGAAAUAAAUGGUUAUUAAUAUUUUUUAUAAAUGUACAUUUUUUUAAAAAAAUAAAAGAUUUUUCACAUUUGCAUUCUAAGAUAAA